UUCAAGGUCCCAUUUUUCUCCCAAAUUCUCAACUCCGUGGCUCCCUCCAUCUCUUAAAUCUCCCAUUUUUGCCUGAAACACAAGCUACCAACCAAUGGGUGGCUCAAGGAAGUGGAUAAAGUUGCUCAUCGGCCUAAAGAAUCUGAAAAAUGACAACUUUAAGAAGGGCGGUGAAACUAAAAAGAUUAAGAAAAACAAAUGGAAAAUGUUAUGGCGGAGCUCAUAUAGUAAUAGUCAUCCGUCGACUUCAGAAGCUUCUGAUGCUUCAUCAAUGGCCGCCGAAGCUUUCACCUCAGCAAUGGUGGCCGUAGUUCGAGAGCCAGUAAAGGAUUUAAGGGCCGUAAAACAGAACUUUGCUGCAAUCAGGAUACAGACAAUGUACCGUGGAAUCCUUGCAAGAAGAGCAUUGAAAGCGCUGAAAGGGAUUGUGAGGCUUCAGGCUUUGGUGAGAGGUUAUCAAGUGAGAAAACAGGCGGCGGUGACCUUCAGAUGUAUGCGUGCUGUUCUUCGAGUUCAGGAGUUGGUUCUAGCGCGGCGAAUGAGAUUCUCAGCUGAAGGGAAGGGUGGGAAGAAGAUGGUUGAGAACCAGAGAAAUAAAAUGGAUCCAUUGAAAGAGGCAGAGGUUGGCUGGUGUGACAGCCAAGCCACGUUAGCACAAAUUAAGGCAAAGUUUCAGAUGAGGCGAGAUGGUGCAAUCAAGAGGGAAAGGGCCAUUGCUUACUCUCUCGCACGUCAGCCAUUUGUAUCAAACUCAAACACGAGACCUAUAAAAAAACAUGAUUUUGAGAAGAGAAAUGGGAACCAAUAUACUUCUGCCAAUCCAUUUUUUAUUAAUAGAAAUGGGAACUGGAGCUGGUUAGAGAGAUGGGUGGCUGCAAAACCAUGGGAGAAUAGAUUGAUGGAAGAGCUUUCGAAGGCUGAAUGCAGAAACUGCAAAGCUGGCUCUGUUAAUAUCAGGAAGAACCAUAUCACCACAAAAGUUUCUGCAAAAGUGAGAUUUUUUUCAUUGCCAAGUUCUGAGUUUCAUUUGUGUGAGAGUUCUCCAUCCUCCUCUGUAUACUUGUCAACACCAAUCUCUGCUAUGAGUCUAUUCACGUCAGACAGAACGGAAGAUAGCAAUAUAAAAAAGCCGAGUUAUAUGAAUUUGACUGAAUCGACCAAGGCGAAGCAGAAGAGUUGGUUGAGGACUGGAAGUACUGAGGGAAAUGGACGAAGAAGACUGAUACUGUGA